UUUUUUAAAUAAUAAGGUUUAUUUAUUUUAAUUGUCACAACAACAAAAAAAAACCUACAAUCACCAGCUGCCACCUGGAGCCAUGGAGCCCAACAUGGAGAACUGUCUGGCUCAGGUGCUGCAGAAGGAUGUAGGGAGACGGCUGCAGCUGGGCCAGGAGAUCAUCGACUACAUCAACGACCGCGAGAAGUCCCACGACCUGGAGCAGGACCAGUCCACGCUGGACAAGAUGGUGGAAGGCGUCGCUACCUCCUGGGUCAACUCCAGCAACUUCAAGUUGGCUUUGUUGGGAAUGGACAUUCUCUCUGCCUUACUGAACAGACUGCAGGACCGCUUCAGAGGUCAGGUGUCAACAGUUCUGCCCAGCUUGAUGGACCGCCUGGGGGACGCCAAAGACCAGGUCCACCAGGACCAGACCUUACUCCUCAAGAUCAUGGACCAGGCUGCCAACCCACAGUAUGUGUGGGACCGGAUGCUCGGGGGCUUCAAGCACAAGAACAACCGAACACGAGAGGGAGUGUGUCUGUGCCUCAUCGGCACCCUCAACGCAUAUGGUGCCCAGGCUCUCACCCUUAGCAAGAUUGUCCCCCACAUAUGCAGCCUUUUGGGAGACCCCACCAGCCAGGUGCGGGACGCAGCCAUGAGCUGUCUGGUGGAGAUCUACAGGCACGUGGGGGAGAGAGUGAGGACGGACCUCACCAAGAAAGGGCUUCCACAGUCCAGGUUGAAUGUAAUCUUCAGCAGGUUUGAUGAAGUGCAGCGAUCGGGGAACAUGAUUCCGUCGUCCAGCUCAGAUAAGAACUUUGAUGAUGAAGACUCUGUGGACGGGGGCCGGUCCUCCUCGUCUUCCUCGUCCAGAGGCCCACCCAGCGGCCGCAGGGGCGGAGCCAUGGGUUCCAUGCGAAGGCCCAGCUCUGCGUCGUCUAAGGGGCCAGCAGGGAAAGAGGGAGCGAGUGCGGGCGCAGUGGACGAGGAUGACUUCAUGAAAGCCUUCGAGGAUGCGCCAGCGUUGCAGAUCUACUCCAGUCGAGACCUGGAGGACUCCAUCAAUAAGAUCAAGGAGGUUCUGUCUGACGACAAGCAUGACUGGGAACAAAGAGUCACUGCUCUGAAGAAGGUGCGCUCUCUGCUGAUGGCGGGGGCUCUGGAUCACGAGGGCUUCUCCCAGCAGCUGCGUCAGAUGGAGCCGGCCUUUAAGCUCUCCGCCAAAGACCUGCGCUCACAGGUGGUGCGCGAGGCCUGCAUCACGCUGGGACACCUGUCCUUCCUGCUGGGGAACAAGUUUGACCACACCGCUGAGACCAUCAUGCCCACGCUGCUGAACCUGGUACCCAACAGCGCCAAGGUCAUGGCCACGUCCGGCGUGGCCUGCAUCCGCCUCAUCCUCAGGCACACCCACUACCCACGCCUCAUCCCCAUCAUCACCAGCAACUGCACGUCCAAAUCAGUGGCCGUCAGGAGACGCUGUUACGAGUUCUUAGACCUGAUGUUGACAGAGUGGCCGGGGAACACCUUGGAGAACCGGCCCUUCUCAGUGAAGAGUGUGAUAGGAGGCAGUAUGACCAGGAGUAAGGUGGUGAGCUCGCGAGCCCCAGCCACUCCUGGCUCGCUCCAGCGUUCCCGUAGCGAUGUCGAUGUCAACGCAGCGGCCAGCGCCAAGUCCCGCAUGUCCACGGUGCCCUCGGCUACACCCUUCAGCUCGGCCGCCGCCCUGCCCCCGGGCUCCUACGCCUCACUGGGCCGAGUGCGUACCAGGAGACAGAGCUCUGGCACCACGGUGGGGUCAAGCAGUACGGUCACAGAUAGCCGUGGUCGGAGCCGGGCCAAGGUGGUGUCCCAGUCCCAGCGAUCCAGAUCAGCUAACCCAACCAGUGCUGGUAGUCGUUCCAGUUCUCCAGGAAAGCUCCUGGGUCACACGUACGGCAGGAUCCCCCGCUCCACCGUCACAGCCACCACCCCAUCCACGGACAAGCGCCCCCGGGUCCCCCGCAGCCAGGGCUGCAGCCGCGAGACCAGCCCCAGCCGACUGGGCCUCGCCCGGACCAGUCGCAUCCCCCGGCCCAGCAUGAGCCAGGGAUGCAGCCGUGACACCAGUCGCGAGAGCAGCCGCGACACCAGCCCCGCGCGGGGCUUCGCCCCUCUGGCUUCCCGACGUCACUCGCGUUCCACCAGCGCUCUAUCCACGACCGACCCCGUAGGGCAGUCAGAUCGUUAUAGUCUGAUGCAUCAGGCUCGCAUGUCCGCAUCCAUAAAUGCCAUGAGGGUCCUCAACACCGGCACAGAGGUGGAGGCAGCCGUCGCAGAUGCACUGCUGUUAGGAGACUCCAGGAAUAAGCGAAAGCCAUUGAGGCGACGCUACGAGUCCCCGGGGAUAUACUCGGACGAUGACGCCAACAGCGAAGGUCGAAGAACUUUUCUCGAACGUGACGCUCGUCGGCGAACGGGCGGCCUGCCACACUACCUGCGCCAGACGGAGGACGUGGCCGAGGUGUUGAACCACUGCGCCAGCUCCAACUGGUCCGAGAGGAAGGAGGGCUUGCUGGGCCUGCAGAACCUCCUCAAGAGCCAGCGCAUCCUCAGUCGGGUUGAGCUGAAGAGACUGUGUGAGAUCUUCACCAGAAUGUUUGCUGACCCACACAGCAAGCGAGUGUUUAGCAUGUUCCUGGAGACACUGGUGGACUUCAUCAUGGUGCACAGAGAGGACCUGCAGGACUGGCUCUUCGUCCUGCUCACCCAGCUGCUGAAGAAGAUGGGUGCAGAUCUGCUGGGCUCCGUCCAGGCCAAGGUCCAGAAGGCCCUGGACGUCACCAGGGAGUCAUUUCCAUUCGAUCAACAGUUCAACAUCCUCAUGCGAUUCAUUGUGGACCAGACGCAAACGCCUAACCUCAAGGUCAAAGUAGCCAUUCUGAGGUACAUCGAGGCGCUGGCUCGUCAGAUGGACCCCCCAGACUUUGUGAACUCCAGUGAGACGAGGCUGGCGGUGUCCCGCAUCAUCACCUGGACCACAGAACCCAAGAGCUCAGACGUCAGGAAGGCGGCUCAGGUGGUCCUGAUCGCCCUGUUUGAGCUCAACACGCCGGAGUUCACCAUGCUGCUGGGCGCGCUGCCCAAGACCUUCCAGGACGGCGCCACCAAGCUGCUGCACAACCACCUCAAGAACUCCAGCAACACUGGCGUGAGUUCUCCGAGUAAUACCAUUGGACGCACUCCUCCCAGGCUUCCGUCCAGCCGGACGAGUCCGCUCACAUCACCGACAAACUGCUCCCAUGGCGGCCUUUCACCCAGUCGUCUCUGGGGCUGGGGUGUGGACGGGCUCUCUAAGCACCCCUCCCCUCCCCAUCCUCCUCCUCCUCACUCCCUCCCCACCAACCCCUCCUCCCUCAGGGCCCUGCGCUGCGCGUACUCUCCCAGCCUGCUGGAGUACGACACGGAGAACAUGAACUCGGAGGAGAUCUACAGCUCGCUGCGUGGCGUCACCGAGGCCAUCCAGAGCUUCAGCUACCGCAGCCAGGAGGACCUCAACGAGCCUGUGCGCCGCGACGGCAAGAAAGAUGAGGCGGUGGGUCGUGAGGGUGCGUCUCCAGGCGGUGAUGCACGUCUGGGCCUGGACAUGGUUGAUGGGGGUGGCGGCCGCACGGCACUGGACAACAAGACAUCCCUCCUGAACACGCCCUCUCCCCGCUCCUUCGGCGUCCCCCGCGCUCGCGAACACGCCCCGUACGGCUACGCAGACACCAUCAGCGCCUACGACAAGAGCGCGCUCAAAGAGGCCGUGUUUGACGAUGACGUGGAGCAGUUCCGAGACAGCCGUCGGCAAGACUGCGGUGAGAACAAGAUGGUGCUGCCCAAGGGCUUAGCUCCUGUGGACCACUCGGAGUUGGUGGCGGAGCUUCUGAAGGAGCUGUCCAAUCACAACGAGCGUGUGGAUGAGCGCCGCGGGGCAUUGGUGGAGCUGCUAAAGAUGACCCGGGAGGACAGCGUUGCCGUCUGGGACGAGCACUUCAAGACCAUCCUGCUGCUACUGCUGGAGACACUGGGGGACCAGGAUCACACUAUCAGGGCUCUGGCUCUGCGGGUUCUAAAGGAGAUCCUGAGGAACCAGCCAGCCCGCUUCAAGAACUAUGCAGAACUUACCAUCAUGAAGACCCUCGAGGCCCACAAAGACUCUCACAAGGAGGUGGUGCGGGCGGCAGAAGAGUCCGCCUCCACCCUGGCCAGCUCCAUCCACCCAGAGCAGUGCAUCAAGGUGCUGUGCCCCAUCGUGCAGACGGCCGACUACCCCAUCAACCUGGCCGCCAUCAAGAUGCAGACCAAAGUCAUCGAGCGCAUCGCCAAGGAUUCGCUCAUCACACUGCUGCCCGACAUCAUCCCAGGCCUGCUGCAGGGCUACGACAACACGGAGAGUAGCGUCCGCAAAGCCAGUGUGUUCUGCUUGGUGGCCAUCUACUCUGUCAUCGGAGAAGAUCUCAAGCCUCACCUGGCCCAGCUCACAGGGAGCAAGAUGAAGUUGCUGAAUUUGUACAUCAAGAGGGCCCAGACGACCAACAGCAACAGCAGCAGCUCGUCGGAUGUGUCGUCGCACAGCUAGCCACCACAGGACAGGGCUGCCACACGGGCACAACGCUAGCACGGACUCUCCCGCCGGCCAGCCAGCCCACCCGCUGCACCCUGCUGCCUUCUCAUCCAACCACACACGUUUUAUUUUCUGUUUUUUUGUGUGGGGUGGGGGUGGUAAUAGUGCCCCCCUCUGCCUUUCCCCAGAGUCUCCUCUUCUCUUCUCUUCUCUCCUUUCUUCUAUCCUUCUCUUUUCCUCUCCUCUCUUCUUUUCUUCUCUUCUCUUUUCCUCUCCUCCUCUCUCCUUUCCUCUAUCCUCUUCUCUUUUCCUCUUCUCUUCUCUUCUCUCCUCUCUUUUCUUCUCUUCUUAUCUUCUCUCUGCUCCAUUCAUUUUUGCUGUUACACAUGUGGCGUCCUCCACCAAUCCUCUCAGAGAGACCUCCCUGUUAUACCAUGAGCUCCAUCGUGCUCUCUCUCUCUCUCUCUCUCUCUCUCUGUUGUUCAGCAUCCCUCAUUCAUUUGUGUGGAGGGUAUAUUCUGAAUGUAUAGGGAGAUUCUGAUGUUUGGGUAGAAGCUCUUCCACCAGUUGGAAUUUAUUGUCAACAGGUGAAGUUGAGCUUUGUCCGUUUCCCUGUCCCAGCAGGGCAUAGUGCUACUGUAAAAUGAUUGGUCGAGAGGGGAAAUAGUGUUACUGUAAAAUGAUUGGUCGAGGGGAAACCUGGUCGUUUGAUCUUAACAAGGCAGAAAGAAAGCCUUUGAAAGCGUCCUUCACUCUGUCACAGGCUGUGGAUGUGGUCUAGUUAGGUUUCGGACCAGUAAACCGGGGGCGGGAGGGAGUUCACUUAAGUGCUGUUUCUCACAAGACAACCCUAGUUUUAAGUAGGAGGUGUUCUCCAUUUUUUCCAAGAGAAACUUUAAAACAUUAAGUGGGAUUUGUGGAAAGUAGGUGAUCAUUUGGCUGGGCCAGUGAUUUCUAGUAUUUUGAUCAGAUAAGGCAAUGGGACAAGCUCAAAGAAAACUUUUGAGUACCAAGACUACCAAAAAUUGUUCAAAGUAGUAAUAUUUGUAUUUAGAAUUGUGACAUUUAUUUAAGAAGGUAAUAUUAAUGUAAGCAACCUUAGGUUAUUUGAGCCCACGAUUUAUGUUGCAAAAAUCUUGUUUAAAAAAAAAAAACGAUUCUUAUAAAUAUUAUUUUCCAUUUUAUUGUCGCUCAUUAUGAAGGCUAGCUGGCAGAUAUUAGUUUGGGGUUUUAGGACUUAUUAGAUCCUGAUUGUAAAUUAAUCAGAUUGACUUUCAUCAUUUUAUGUAUGAAUGAAUGAUUAAUUGAUUGAAAGGCCUAUGUGUGACUGUUGCCACAAUAGAGCAAGCAAGGACAGAACUACUGGAGAAUGUAGACUUUUUUGUUGUUUUUGCAAAAACCUGUGAAAAAAUAAAAGCUGAGUCUUCUUGGCCUUCCCUAAAGGACAAUUUGACUAAAUAAAUUGAAAAGACAAUCUGUGAUGUGGAAAAAAGCAUUUUCUGUAACUGAAGAUGAUUCCAGCCCAUUCUUAAAAGUGCCAGCUCAAGUCCAGCUCAUCCACACACUACACUGCAAUCAGCAAUCGGGCAAAUGCUCAGGCCUGUCACAAUAGGAUGGAGAAGCAACAACAACAACAACAACAACAAUAAUAAUAAUAAAUAACAACAUGGACAUGAGCAGUGAGGAGACGGAAUCAUAGUAAGACGGAGCCCUCAAAGUGACUCUUGGCCUUUUAACUGCUUUCUCUGAGUCAUGGACACAACCCCACCCACCCCCACCCCACCCCACACACACACACCUGUAAAUAAAUUGAAUGUCGCAGGUCGGGUGGCACAGGUGAAAAGCUGGUGUCAGGUAGAGGGGCCUUCAACAAUCAUUUCUGUCGUAGUGCUGUUUGAUUUCUCUCUGUUGCUGCUCAGCUCUCCCCCUCCUACCAUCUCUCUCUCUCUCCCUCCCUCUCUCUUUCUCUCUCCCUCUCUCUCUCUUUCUCUCUCUCUCCCUCUCUCUCUCUCAAAUGUGAAAUCCAGUUGCCUCGGCUCCAAGUGAGAAGGACCAUUGAAGACACUGUAACCCUUUGUUGCUCUUGACAUCCAACUCCACUUUGCCAAAAAAAGCCCCCCUCCACACACAGACAACCAAUGCUCCUCUGAUACACAGCCCCCCCUCGUGUUUUGUACAUAACUCACUGCUGACCCCCUCCUUUGAGAGCGAUGAUGCAACAACAACAACAACAUCAAACCCACUGAAACAGAACCAAGGACGCCAACAUCAAAUCGUCAUGAACUUUUAAAAGAAAAACAAAUAACAACAACACAAGUUGGAUGUCUCAGUCCUUUUGCACGUUAGCAGAUAGCCCGCAUGUUUUGGGCCCAAGUGACUCUGGCGUGCUGCCGCCAUUGGCCUUGCCCAGGCUGCUGGAGCUUUCUCGUCUCCUCAGCUAUGACCAGCCUGGCCAGCCUGUACAUACAGUAUUAUUGUUAUGACUUAUUAUUAUUAUUAUUAUUAUUAUUAUUAUUGUUAUUAUUCAUUAUUGUUUUGGGGAAAGAGGUGGAGUGAUUUUAUUGUAGUGUUACGCUAAUAGAGGCCCAGUAAGAUGACCAAAACAAGCAUCCAUUUCUGCCUGGACCAACUCUGGACGGAACCCAUCUGAUAUCCCAUGAUGCCCUACUGCAAAGUGCCCUCUCGGUCAUGUUAGUGCUGUGAACAGCAGCAUGUGGCUAUAAGAGGGCACUUGGUGUGUGCGUGUGCCUUUUUGGUAGAACCUGGCAUAGUACAUAAUACAUACUGUUCCCUUUGUUUGUGUGGUUUGUUCAUUUGUAUCUUCCUUUUUGGUUUGUGAUGUGAAGGUAACAGCAGAAUGUGGCAGUCAGAAAUAUUUCAGUUUGUUCCAUAGGUCCAUUUUUAUAUUUGACAUCCAACCUGUUCUCUCUGAAGUAAGGGAAAGCCAACAGCCCUUAGGCAGUGGUGGCUCUUUGAUUUUUACAUUCUGCAGCUUUAUGAGGUUUAGGUUUGCCUUUGUUUGCAGAAAUGUUUUCCCCCUUAGCAGUAUGUUCACUUUGCAUGUAGACCUAUACAUUUUUGUGUUUGUGUGAGUGGAAUUUGUUUUGUCAUUCAUAUCUGUAUUUAAAAAAAAUAACGUUAUUUUCUUUUUUUUCUGUUGGUUUAUCACAUCCACUGUACAGAUUUGGGGGAAUGGUUGAAAUCCACCUGUGAUAGAUUUGCAACAAUAUACAUUUGUUUGCUCUAGAAAUAAACAAGGAUCAAAGUUUA